UGUAUAUAUAUAGUAGACAAUGUAAUUGAUAAAAGGAAGAGAUACCUGUCCAGUGGAAGUAUAUAAUCAAGUCGCCAUGGUUGUAGGCAGUUACUUAAUUUCGGCCAUACUUUUAGCCAUUUCUACAUAUCUGUUAUGGCACAUAUCCAUUUUCGUGAGGAAAUACAAAAAAUGGAGAGCAGCAUCGUUUAAACAACACAUAGCUAUUGUAGGUCCCAUUCAUCCAAUAUGGGGCUCUCUUCACUUGUUCACUGAUCUAAAUUCAUAUUUUAAACUGCUUGGAUCAAUUAUUGAUAAUGAGAGACCUAAGGUUUACUGCGCAUGGGUAAUGUUUUUCUUUCCUAACUUUGGAAUAUGUCACCCAGACAGUGCACAGAUCUUGUAUAAAUCCUCCGAACCAAAGGCUAUCUCUACAGCAGGAAGUUAUAAAUAUAUCAAAGACUGGAUAGGUGAUGGAUUGCUGGUAUCUAGUGGAAAGAAAUGGGAGAGAAACAGAAGACUGCUGACACCAGCCUUCCAUUUUGAAAUACUGAAGCCAUAUGUUAAAGUGUAUAACACGGUUACAGAUAUAUUCCUUGAGCAGGUCAAACCCAAUGCCGAAAGUGGCGAGGCUGUUGACAUAUUUCCCUAUGUUACUUUAACGACUUUGGAUACAAUUCUUAGAUGUGCAUUUUCAUACGAAGGGAACAUUCAAGGCCAAGGAUCUAAGCACCCAUAUGUGCAUGCGGUAAACAAGCUGUCAUCUCUUCUAGUAAGCCGAUUACUAAAACCAUGGUUAAUGCACGAUUUCGUCUAUUAUAACUUGAGCAGCGAAGGGAGAGAAUAUAAAAAGUGUUGUGAUUAUGCACAUGAGUUCUCAAAUGGAAUUAUACAAAAGAGAAAGAAAAUUCUGAUUGAAGAAGGUCCACCUACAAAGCGCCAUCUAGAUUUUUUGGACAUUUUACUAACUGCCAAAGACGAUAAUGGAACAGGACUUUCAGAUGAAGAUAUUCGUGCCGAAGUUGAUACUUUUAUGUUUGAAGGUCAUGAUACUACAGCAUCAGCAAUAAGUUGGGCAAUAUACUCGCUUGGGAAAAAUCCAAAAGAACAAGAUAUAGUCUAUAAAGAAAUGUCAAACUUAUUAAAAUACAACACAGAAAUCAGUUGGGAAAAUCUUCAAGAAAUGCCACAACUAACAGCUUUUGUUAAAGAAUCAAUGAGAAUGUUCACGCCUGUUCCAAUGGGGGCACGUCAGCUGACGUCACCAAUGACGAUAGGUGACGUAGUAAUACCUGCUGGUGUAAACGUAGAUGUCAAUCAACACAUGAUUCACCAUCACCCGGAUGUUUGGCACGAACAUGAGGUGUUUAAACCAGAAAGAUUUCUUCAAAAUGAUGCAACAGAAAGACAUCCUUACAGUUUUGUUCCUUUUGCUGCUGGUCCAAGAAAUUGCAUUGGACAGAAUUUUGCUAUGAAUGAAAUAAAAGUAGUCAUUGGCAGGUUGGUUCAUAGAUACAAAGUAAAGCUGGUCGAAGGACACAACUAUGAUAUAAAUCCUGAACUAGUAAUGAGAGCAAAACAUGGCAUUAAAGUAAUACUUGAAAGUCGAGUGAAAAAUCAGAAAUAAAUUGUUAAAUUUUUAAAAGUGGGAGGAAAAGUAUGUGUAUGAUGAUUGAUGUAAUCUAUAUAUGACAGAG